UGCGCUGAGGAAGUCACGCGUGCGCACUGACGGAACAGCGAGGCGCCAGACGUGGGCGGGCCGUGAGUCGGUGCGUGCCGGUGGCGGGCGCCGCGCAUGCGCUGUAAGUUGUGGCGUCCCGGUUGCGGACCAGCGAGGGCCCACCUCACUGCGUGUUUGGAGCUGAUGGAAGAAAGGGGUGGACUGGGACUCGGAUCCACUGGCUGCCAUGCUAGGAAAGGUUAAUGCAGCCUACCGGCCUAAUUAAUGUUUUCCUGCAAAUUAAUAAAAUUAGUUUUUUCCUAAAGCUGAUCAAAAAUACAUCCUUUUAAAAAGCAGCCUCACCCUAAAGGCUCCAAGGAGAACCAGCUCUGUGCUUACCUUGAGGAUGCCAACAGACAACAGCCACCUGCCAGGCAGUAUCCAAGAACAAGACCUCAUUACCACUGCAGGCAAUAAUUCCCUGCAUCGUACUGAAGAUUUAGGAGUUGAACAAGAAAAUGGCUUUUGUAGCAAUGACUGGGGUAAUAGUCUUGGUGUUCCCAACUCUCCUAAUCAGCCAUCCACUUCUAUGGCUGCUCCUUUGGAGGUGCCCAGAAGAGGACAACCCCUCUUACAAAUCAACAGGCAGCAGAUUCAGUCUAUUUCAUAUAGUGCUCAGGCUGCAGAGCUCAAAGGUUUAGGAGUUGAUGUCUAUGAUCAGGAUGUAUUGGAGCAAGGAGUCCUUCAGCAAGUAGAUCAUGCAAUUAAUGAAGCUAAUAAAGCAACAAAAAUAGCUGAUGCAGAGAAAGAAUAUCAGUCAGUGCUCGAUGACUUAAGAUCAUGUACAGUAUCUCUGAAACAAAUAAACAAAAUUAUCGAGCAACUUUCACCUCAAGCUGCCACAAGCAAGGAUGUAAACCGAAAGCUAGAUUCUGUAAAACGGCAAAAAUAUAACAAGGAGCAACAGUUAAAGAAGAUCAAAGCAAAGCAAAAGCGACUCCAAGCAAUUCUGGGUGGAACAGGGAUUCUUGAUGAAAUUAAUGAUGUUGAAAUCGAGGAGGAUGAAGAACCUGGGCCAUCAUCAGGUCCACUGCAUCUUGGCAGUAUGCUUAUGCCAGUUCAGGAAACAGAGUGGGAAGAGCUUAUUCGUACUGGCCAGAUGACUCCUUUUGGAACUAAAAUACCUCAGAAGCCAAAGAGGAAGCCACGACAGUUAAUGCUAAAUGAAACAUCUGAUUUUGAGAAGUAUUUAGCAGAUCAAGCUAAGCUGUCAUCUGAAAGGAAGAAGUUAUCACUUCUUAAAGGAGCAAAGAAGAGAGCACAAGCCAAAAAUGUUCAGCACGCAACUCCCACAUCCAUCACGAAGGAGAAAAGGAGUAAAGCCAGAACUCUAUCAAAAACAGAUAAGCGCUUAAAAGAACACCUGAACAAACUUCAGAAGCGUGCCCUUCAGAUUCAGUCAAAGGCAAGGAUUCCAAAAGAAAAGAAAUACCUUGAGGCCAAGGAGAAGCUGAGGCAUGAACGAAAUGAUGAUAGUGGAGAGUCUGAGUAUGUACCCGAUGAGGAGCUCUUUGAUCCAGAAGCAAUAGAAGAGGAGGAACAGCAGGCAUGUUCUCAUGCUGAGAAUGAUUCUGAUUAUGAACUUAGGACUUUGUCAGGAAAAGGAAAGUAUCUGGUGAAAAGAGGUUUUAAAGAAACUGAAGACGAUGCCGACUUCUUUCCAAGCUCUGAGGAGGAAGAAGAGCAUACAGUAGGGAAACGCAAAAUAAAGAGAUGGAGAGAUGAUGGAGAUGAAGACUAUUACACACAGAGACUAAGGAGGUGGCAAAAAGAAAGUCUGAAGGACAAAGAACAUCGCAUGGCUGAGGAACUUUCCGAUGAAAGUGAUACUGAAUUCGAAGAGGGUUUCAAAGUACCAGGAUUUCUCUUCAAAAAGCUUUUUAAGUACCAGCAAACAGGUGUUAGGUGGCUCUGGGAAUUGCACUGCCAGCAGGCAGGAGGAAUUCUGGGAGACGAGAUGGGAUUGGGCAAGACCAUCCAGAUAAUUGCCUUCUUGGCAGGUCUGAGCUACAGCAAGAUCAGGACUCGUGGUUCAAAUUACAGGUACCAGGGGCUGGGUCCGACAGUGAUUGUUUGUCCAGCUACUGUGAUGCAUCAGUGGGUAAAAGAAUUUCAUACUUGGUGGCCUCCGUUUAGAGUUGCCGUUCUCCAUGAAACUGGUUCUUACACCAACCAAAAGGCGAAACUAAUUCGUGAAAUUGCUUCAUGCCAUGGAAUUUUAAUUACGUCCUAUUCAUACAUUCGCCUGAUGCAGGAUAACAUCCACAGCUAUGACUGGCAUUAUGUGAUUUUGGAUGAGGGUCACAAAAUCCGAAAUCCAAACGCUGCAGUCACACUUGCAUGCAAGCAGUUCCGCACACCCCAUCGAAUCAUCUUGUCUGGCUCCCCAAUGCAAAAUAACUUAAAGGAGCUCUGGUCCCUCUUUGACUUUGUAUUCCCAGGGAAACUGGGAACACUACCUGUGUUCAUGGAGCAAUUUUCUGUUCCAAUAACCAUGGGAGGAUAUUCCAAUGCCUCUCCUGUACAGGUAAAAACUGCAUACAAAUGUGCAUGUGUGUUACGAGACACCAUAAACCCCUACUUGCUGCGAAGAAUGAAGGCUGAUGUAAAAAUGAGCCUUUCACUUCCAGAUAAAAAUGAACAGGUCCUGUUUUGUCGUUUGACAGAUGAGCAGCGUCAAGUCUAUCAAAAUUUCAUCGACUCUAAAGAAGUUUACCAGAUUCUCAAUGGAGACAUGCAGAUUUUCUCCGGACUGGUAGCCCUGAGAAAGAUUUGCAACCACCCUGAUCUCUUCUCUGGUGGUCCCAGGACUUUGAAGGGUGUACCAGAUGCUGAAGUAGAGGAAGCAGAUCAGUUUGGAUAUUGGAAACGUUCUGGAAAAAUGAUAGUGGUAGAGUCCUUGCUGAAAAUAUGGCAUAAGCAAGGUCAUAGAGUGUUGUUGUUUACUCAGUCAAGACAGAUGCUGCAGAUCCUUGAAGUCUUUGUGAGAGACAGAAACUAUUCCUACCUCAGGAUGGAUGGCACCACAACAAUAGCUUCCAGACAGCCCCUUAUAACAAGAUAUAAUGAGGACAAAUCCAUAUUUAUCUUUCUUCUGACAACUCGUGUUGGUGGCAUUGGAAUUAACUUGACAGGUGCUGACCGGGUUAUUAUUUAUGAUCCUGACUGGAAUCCCAGUACAGACACACAGGCUCGGGAGCGUGCUUGGAGAAUAGGCCAAAAGAAACAGGUGACUGUGUACAGGCUUCUCACUGCAGGUACUAUUGAAGAGAAGAUAUACCACAGACAGAUCUUCAAACAGUUUUUAACGAACAGAGUGCUGAAAGACCCAAAGCAAAGGCGCUUUUUCAAAUCCAAUGAUCUUUGUGAGCUUUUUACUCUGAGCAGCCCGGAUGUGUCUCAGGGGACAGAAACUAGUGCGAUUUUUGCAGGUACUGGUUCAGAUGUUCAAGUCCUAAAACACCAGUUGAAAAGGAAACUUGAAAAGCCACCUGAUAAUGACAUUUCCAAAGGUGGUCUCCAUCUUACAGAAAGCAGCUCACGAAAGUACAGCAAGCCAUCCAAUUCAACCAGCCACAUGGCAAAUUAUUCUUCUAAAGCAAUAGAGUCAAAUGAAGAAAUGAAAGGAGAUUUGGAAACCUUUGACCAAAAUAGCUAUGCAAAAGAUAAUGCACAAGCUACUACUAAUGUAAAUUCAGGGAGUAAAAGCAAAGAGAAGAGCUUGGAAGGAGCUGAGAAGUCUGUGUCCCAGUCGUUGCCAGAUAGUGCAGGGUCUUCAGAGAAUGCAGAAUGUCUGGGCACCAUGGUAACUGAUGAAGUACAUGGAGCAGCUAAUGUAAAUGCUGAGGGAGGUUUUCAUCUUGCGGGUGGUGCAGCUGGCUCUUGGGAAGAGCAGGAUGCUAAAGCUGAAGAUGGCCAAUUAGAUAAUAAUCAUUAUAAAUGCACCUCAAAAACAAAGCACAGGGUGGAUAUGCUGCCACAUGAGAGCCACAAAGAUAGGUCUAAGAAGAAGAAACAUCACAGAGAUGCCAAAUUUGAAGGAGAGCGCAUUCCUCAUCUAGUAAAACAAAAGCAAUAUAGAAAGGAGGACAGUGAAGAGAAGGAGGAAGAGCUAAAGAAAAAUGAUGAUUAUGUCCUGGAGAAACUUUUCAAAAAAUCAGGGGUACACAGUGUUAUGAAGCAUGAUGCCAUUAUGGAAGCUUCCAGUGCAGAUUAUGUGUUGGUGGAAGCAGAAGCAAACAGAGUGGCCCAAGAUGCCUUAAGAGCCUUAAAAGUCUCUCGGCAGCGAUGUUUAGGAGCUGCUUCUGGUGUGCCAACCUGGACAGGCACAAGUGGUCUUUCAGGUGCACCAUCAGGAAUAAAGAGUCGGUUUGGUCAGAAAAGAAACCCUAUGCUGCUUUCUCCACGUUCUGCUUGUGCAUCACCUGGAAGCAAGUGCAAGGAUACAGGUACAAUAAAGAAAGAAAAUGACAAGAGGAGUAAUUCCAGUGGGCACUUCGAUGGGAAAUCAGAGACUGGAGAAUCAUCCUCCAGUGCACUAGAUUCUUCAUCUUUAUUAGCAAAGAUGAGGGCAAGAAACCACCUUAUUUUACCACGAAGGACAGGGAAUGAGGGAGAUGAGAAUCAAGCUCCAGCCCCAGGUUCAACAGAAUACGAUGAAUUGCUAGUGGAUGUACGGAACUUCAUAGCAUUCCAGGCUCGUGUGGACGGCGAGGCUAGUACUCAGGAAAUACUGCAGGAAUUCGAGUCCAAACUGCCAGUGGCACAGUCCUGUGUCUUUCGAGAACUUCUCCGCAAUCUCUGCACCUUCCAUAGGAACCCAAAUGGUGAAGGCGUCUGGAGACUGAAGCCAGAGUUCCGCUGACCUUUGCUAAGGGAAGGCACCUGUGUGUGUACUCAGCCAACACUCUGCUUUCAAAGAUUUACUGUUUAUCUUUCAAAAUGAGGAGUUAUUUUGUGGUCAUGAUUUAAUAAUUGACUUGAGCAGUCAGUGGUGCAGCACUCAUUGCAGGCUCAGGGCUGACUUCACUUUGAUUUACACUAUUUAUAUGAAAGUGCCAUCUACCUCACAGAUGAAAACAAUACAAAAUAUCAGCACCUUUUCUUUAAAAGAAAAUACAAAUGGAUGAUGAACACAUGUACUGACUUAAUUGCAAUAAGAGCCAUGGAUGUUGCCAUGGGUUGUGAGACUUUUAUUUGAUUUCUGUGAAAUUCCAAGAACUUUAUCUCAAUUUACUGUAUGGUACUUGAAUGGUCGUGAGGCACACAAUGUACCACCAAAAGAAACAUGAAUAAUAAGAAGAUAGAGGUGGUCAAUGUAAGAGAAAUUCACUUGUACUGACAUUACAAAAUCAUUGUAAGAAGAUUGCAUCGGUAGUGGGAAUUUGCUUUUGAUGUUGCUGCUUUCAUUGUUGCCAGAAGCUAGCAUAUGAACUGUAACUUACAUGACUAAUUUUCUUGGAAAUAAUUUUACUGCCGUGGAAGUUUAAUUAUAAAAAUUGAGAGCCUGGCAGAGUA